AUGGACCAGCAUGUAUUUUCUUGUAUCGUGCUUCCUUUACAGAUGUACGCCUUCCACUCGCAGGAUCGCCAAAUGCCGACAUGCCCUGAUGGAUGGUCUAACGCCUGGAUGGGACAUAGCUAUCUAAUGAACACAGCUUAUGGAGCCCAAGGUGGUGGUCAACAACUAGCUUCUCCUGGCUCUUGCUUGCCUCACUUCAGAUCACAUCUCUUCAUCGAGUGUAAUGCCAAAGGACUGUGUGGUUUCUUCCAAGAACACAAGAACUUCUGGCUGCGCGUAAUCGGCAGCUCCAUGGACGAUGACAUGUUUUCUAUGAUCAUGGGAGAAGCAAUCAAGGUGCGAAACAAUGAUGACCGAAUAGGAAAAUGCGUUGUCUGCUUGAGAACACAACAGAUGACAGACUUUUUCCUGCGUUAA